AUGGCGGAGGCCGUCACGGUGAGCCUCGGCGCGCUCACCCCGGAAGCGCUCGCGGCGCACGACACGCGAGUCGGCUCCGUCACUGCGGGAGAGGCGCUCGAGCUUGGAGUGCCGCUGUGCAUGCUGCAAGGCUCGAUCCCACAGGAGCUCAUUGAGCGUGGUCGCAGCCUCGGGCUGGAGCCUCCGCCAGCGCUAUCGCUGCAGUCGCCGGCCUCUUCCGCUAUGGCCGCCGCCGCCACCGCCAGCCGGACACGCCCUGCGGACAUUCCCGACGCGGACGACGGGGACGAGCGCUGGCGCCGCCUCGCCAACCGCCUUGCGUCUCGCCGCUCCGAGCCGCUCUUCAUGCACCUCGGCCGCGGCUCGCCGAUGGCCUCAUGCGUCGCGCUCGCACGGGGCCAUCCGAUGCACCUCUCGCUGCUGCACAAGGACCCGAGGAUCGUGCUCGUGCGCAACUUCCUCUCGCCCGCCGAGGCGGCGGCGGUCGUCGCCCUCGCGCGGCGCAGCGGCCGGACCUGGCUCCGCAGCAGCGGCGGAGGCGAGUACCGCCACGAAGACACAGUCGAGGACGAGACCGAGGCGGCCGACGGCGCCGACGCGGAGGAGGGGGAGGCGCCGCCGGCGGACGAGACGCGGCGCGUCUCUGGCCGCUCGAACCGCGCUCCCAAGCCUUCCUGCCGCAUGGUUGCGGCUUUCUUGAUUCGCAGGCGCGUCUCUGGCCGCUCGAACCGCUGGUGCUGCGUCGGCAGCGAGCACGCCGUGCUGGCCGCGGCGGUGGAGCGCGCUUGCUGGCUGACCGGGCUGACGGCGGCGCAUGCAGAGGAGGCGGGGCAGCAGUACGGCCACCACCUCGACCAUUUCACCAGCCGCGACGUCAACUGCGCCGGCGCGGGCGGGCAGACCCACUUCCCGCUCGCCGGCCGCGAGGGGCUGCGGGUGCCUCCGGUCUGCGGCAGCGCGCUGCUCUGGCACAACAUCGACAAGUGGGGCAUGAACAUCUGGCUCCGGCAGCGGCCACGAGGCGGCGCUUGCGGCGAGGCGGCGCCCAGCGGCGGCGUGGUGGCUACAGAUGGCGAAGAGGCGGCGGGCGGAUCGCUGGCGGCGCGGCGCGUCCCGGCUCCGCCCAUGACGUCGACGGGGCCCAAGGCGAAGGAGGCGGAGACGCUGAGGGAGCGAAACUGA